AUGACCGCCCCAACCAAGCGAGCGUAUUACAACCAAAACAAGGCAUACUUUCAGGCGUAUUAUCAAACCCAUCGCGACACUUUGCUCGCGUACGCCCGAGCCAACCACAAACGAACGUACGCCAGCCGAAAGGACAAGAAAAUUCAACGGGCCAAGGAGCAUCACGCCCAAAACCGCGACAAGAAGCUCGCUCAAAUGAAAGCGUACUACCGAAAGACGAAAGCGCGGCGGUUGGCGGGUCUCAAGGCCACGACACACCACGACACGUGCUGUCGACCUUGGUGCCCGUCAAAUGAGCCGCUGGCGACUGAUGACGACGGCGCCGUGACUGCCGCGGCCUCUGCGAUCCUCCAACUGCGGCAAAAUCCCCUCAUGUCGAUUCAAUACUUGCUCAAUCCCUUCGAUGUCGAGGGAGAUCAACGCCGCGAACCCAUCGCCAUUUUGCAGACAACGCCAUCACCGAGCAUUUCUUAA